GCCGUGUCCUGUAAAGUCCUCUCCUUUCCAAAGUAUCCGACCCUGAAACCCAAAUGGAAGGAGUAGAUGAGCUCAAGAAACAAAACGACGAUGUUUUGCCCCAACAAAACAGAGAUGUAGAAGACGACGAUCCGUUGGUGUUGAGCUCUCAAGCAUUGGCGGCGCUCCAGGAGUUUAUAGCCGACCAGAACAAGACCGUCACAACAACCACGCCGCCACCUUCCACCCUCGCCGGAGAAGACAAAGUGGAGCUAGUCACGGAGGAUUGGAGACUCAGUCAGUUCUGGUACGAACCUGAAACCGCAGAGACUGUAGCUGAGGAAGUGUUCACUCUCUCGAGUAGAUUCUCAGGUUGCAGAGUCGCUUGCAUCGCUUGCCCUACUCUUUACGUGUACCUCAAGAAGAAGGAUCCGAGUCUAAAUGUGCAACUUUUGGAGUACGAUAUGAGAUUUGAGAGAUAUGGAAGUGAGUUCACGUUUUAUGAUUACAACGAACCUGAAGAUUUGCCACCUCAUCUUAAACAUUGCUUCCAUAUAAUCGUUGCAGAUCCUCCUUACUUGAGUAAGGAGUGUCUUGAGAGAGUUACUCAAACGGUUUCUUUUCUCGCAACUCCUGUAGAUUCUUUGUUACUUCUUCUCACAGGAGAUGUGCAGAGAGGUAGGGCGGGUGAGAUGUUGGGUGUUCGUCCUUGUGUGUUUAAGCCUCAUCACUCUAGUAAACUAGGAAACGAGUUUAGACUGUUUUUAAGUUAUGAUCCAGGUACCAGACUAGGGGGCUUGGAAGAAGAAGAAGACAGCUAGUAGUUUGUCAAUUGUCCAUUUACUUGCUUGUUUCCCGGUGUCUUGGACGUUCAUGUCUUCCAUCAAUGGUCAUCUCAUUUCUUCUCAACUGGUUUUGGAGUAUUCACUGUUUCUUGAUCUUGUUGCAAACGCUGGUUUUCAUGUAUGAUUGGUCUUAACUUAUCCAACAGUUUUGUUGUUUUGGUGAAAGCUGUGUUGUUGAGAUAUGAAAGUUUUUUUCAUUGGUUAUUGAUAUUUUAUUGCAUUACCAAAAAAAGAAAGUUAUAAUAGCG